AUGUGGCGGCUGCUGGCACAAAAGGCUCGCUUGGCUCUGCUCCAGGACCCCGUCGCUCACUCACUCUCUCAGUCACGCUGGAAGCCGCCCAAGGUUACUCCGUCAAUGGACGCAAUGAUUUCUAACUCCCUGUGUCCGCCCGCCGCCGCCACCCUCCCUCCUCCAUCCCUGUUUCCAUCCGUCCUGCUCCGCUUCCCGCCAGCUCCGCAGCUAACUUUCCAUUUGAAAGAGGCCUUCAGUUGA